AGGCAGACGCCUUCAUCUACUUGCCGCUAGCGUCCUACAGCCAUGGUCAACCCCACCGUGUUCUUCGACAUCGCCGUCGACGGCGAGCCCCUGGGCCGCGUCUCCUUCGAGCUGUUUGCAGACAAAGUUCCGAAGACCGCAGAAAACUUUCGCGCUCUGAGCACUGGAGAGAAAGGGUUUGGUUAUAAGGGUUCCUGCUUUCACAGAGUUAUCCCUGGAUUUAUGUGCCAGGGUGGUGACUUCACACGCCAUAAUGGCACCGGAGGCAAGUCUAUCUAUGGGGAGAAAUUUGAGGAUGAGAAUUUCAUCCUGAAGCAUACAGGCCCAGGCAUCUUGUCAAUGGCAAAUGCUGGACCCAACACAAACGGUUCCCAGUUCUUCAUCUGCACUGUUAAGACCGAAUGGUUGGAUGGCAAGCAUGUGGUCUUCGGCAGAGUGAAGGAGGGUAUGAAUGUUGUGCAGGCCAUGGAGGGUUUUGGCUCCAAGAAUGGCAAGACCAGCAAGAAGAUCACCAUUGCUGACUGUGGACAAAUCUAAUAAAUUUGAGUUGUUU